CCCCGCCUACUCCCGCCAGGCUCAAGAUGGCGGCGCUGAGGGCGGCGGGGGCGGCUCUGCUGCGGCCCGGGCGGGGGGAGGCGGCCGUCAGGCGGGGCUACCACAAGAAGGUGGUGGAUCACUACGAAAACCCGCGCAACGUCGGUUCCCUCGACCGCAACGCCAAGAACGUGGGUACCGGCCUGGUGGGCGCCCCGGCCUGCGGCGACGUCAUGAAGCUGCAGGUGGAAGUGGACGAGAACGGGAGGAUUGUUGAUGCCCGUUUCAAAACCUUCGGCUGCGGAUCAGCGAUCGCAUCGAGUUCGCUGGCGACGGAGUGGGUCAAAGGGAAAACGGUUGACGAAGCGCUGAAAAUCAAGAACACUGAUAUUGCUAAAGAACUCUGCCUUCCUCCAGUCAAACUGCACUGCUCUAUGCUGGCUGAAGACGCAAUCAAGGCUGCCUUGGCUGAUUACAAGUUGAAGCAGGAUCCAAACAAAGAAGAGUCAGAGAAGAAAGCAAACAAUGCCUAAAGUGACUGUAAAGCUUGUUCUCAUUCCACUUAAAUUUGCAGUGCAAUUAUUCUAGCUAUUAGUAGGAUCCUGCGCACUACUAAAUGAAGCUGUAAGAUACGCACAACUUGCGCACAACCUGUCACUGUUCAUGUGUGUACAGCCACUCUUGUAGUGCUUACAUGACUGGGAUGUGGGUAUUUCGGCAGCCUGUGUCCUGUCACGACUGUGUUUGAAAUGUUUGAGUGAAGAAGACUGCUCAACUGCAGAGAACUCGGUGACUUCUCUCUGGGGAGAAAAUCCUGCUGUUCCGGUCCUGGAAGGGCUGCACUUUUUUUGGAAGAUGUAUAGUUUUGCCUAAUAUUUUACAGAAUUUGGUGGGAAACAUUGCCUUGGUCUUAAUGUUUAUGUAGGAACUGCAGAUCAGUCUGUGUAACGAUGCAGUAUACAAAUGUGGGGCAGCACAUCUGCCCACAAAGUUCAGCUGUGUCGGAGUUUCAUUUUGCAACCUGUGUGCGAGUUUCUCUUCUGUGGGUUGCCGGGACGCUCUGGCAGGCACUAGAGGGCACUGACAAUAAAUACACUGCUGGGAGACCAGCAAGUAGCAGCUGGGUGUCACUGCUCCAGGAAUCCAGGAAGCACAGACCAAAGCUAGCAGGGCUUGAUUCUGCUGGCAUCCAGUCAUUACUAAUGCUUGCUUGCUUUUUUUUUUUUUUUUUAAGCUCCCAUUAGAGGAACAAUCUUAAUUUUGGAGUGUCUUCUAUAAGAAUGCAACCCUUGGGAUUGGCCAAGUACUCUGUUUAAAAGAGAGUAAAUGCACCCUCGGGUUUGAACCCAGGAGGGCAAUAGCACAGCUGGGGUGCAGAGCUGAGGGGAAGCUCCCAAGGGAGCAGGGGUUGGUCUGUGCCCUCUGCAGAUGAUGCCUCUGCACCCUGCCAGGCACAGUUCAGCUGAGCUUUGCAGGGGGAACAGGUCGUGGGGAGAGCGUCACUGAUGCUCAGCUACUGAGGAUUUGCACAGUGAGUGUGAGCUGGCUCCCUGGGAGCUGGGGGCACACCAACGUUUGAAAAUGAAAUGUUUUGCCAUUUGGCUUACCCUCCGUGCUCCAGGCCACUGUGCCCUCUGGUGGUUGCUCUUUCCCAGGGGAGUAUUUCCAUAGAUUUCCAAAACAAACAGAAAACACAUUUGAAAACUUUGCCUGCUCUUAAGAUUUUAAACCACCCCAAGAAAUCUUACUUGCCUUCUUUCAUACCUAGGGUGUUUUAAAAACAUUAAAAACUGCAUUUAAAAAUAAGUAGCUUGUUCUGAUGUAUCUGUCCA